AUGGUUGAAAAUUCGCCGGCCCCAUUGCCAGAAAGGGCAAUAUAUGGAUUUGCCCUUUUUUUAGGAUCAUGGUUUGGCUUCAUAUUGUAUCUUAUCUGGGCAUAUGUUCCUGAGACUUGGCUGUUCUCAUUGGGACUAACAUACUGGCCUCAAAAGUACUGGGCAGUUGCUUUGCCAGCAUACCUAUUAGUUGCCAUAGGAAUUGGUUAUAUAUUACUUUUUGGUAUUAACAUGAUGAGUACAGCUCCACUUAACUCUACACAUACAAUUACAGAUAACUAUGCAAAAAAGCAGCAACAGAAGAAAUUUCAAGAAGAAGCAAUUCCAGCAUUGAGAGAUAUUCCCAUCAGUGAAGUAAACAGAAUGUUUUUCCUUCCUGAGAAAGGAAUCUGCAAUAGCAGAUAGUAGUUAUUAGGGUCUGUUUGUAUAAAGGAUUAGUAGAACUGUUACAUAA